AUGGUUGCGGACAAUGUCGAAACGGCAGGUUGUCAAGAGGCGGUGACGACUGUUUGCGAGCUCAUAGAGACUAACCAAGUCACUCUUUUGGAGUUCAUUCGAGGUUUAGGCACACAUCUCACCGAUGAGUCCAACGCUAUCAGGACCAGAGCAAUCACCCUUCUCAGCUCUGUUCUGGGCAACCUAAACAGAAAAAAGAUGUACGCCAAAGAUGUCCAGGUGCUGCUGGAUUUUUAUCUGUCGAAGCUUGACGACGAGCCUUGUUUGAGAGAAGUGCUCAAGGGUCUGAGCUCGCUUGUUUUGAUGAGCCAAUUUGAUCCUAACUUAAUUCCUCACCUGUUAAACUUCCUGGUGGAGAAAUACUCCCCAUUGGGCAAGCUGGCUAGCGUUAGGUACUUUGGAUUUGAAGUUCUGGACUCCACACUAUCUGCCCAUCUGGAACCAGCAAAACAGUAUAAUGAUGAAAUCAUAAAAACAUAUCUGCAUGUUUCCAAGAAUGAGAAAGACCCCAAAAAUCUGCUGCUGUCGUUCAAGCUCUCAGCGCUGAUAGCCCAGAACUUUGACAUCAGCAAAUUUUCCGAGGAAAUGUUUGAUGCAGUGUUUUGCUAUUUCCCUAUAUCUUUCAGGGCUCCAGCGAAUGACCCCUACAAAAUUACGGGAGACCAGCUUAAACAGGCCCUUCGCGACUGCCUGAGCGCCAGCGACUUGUAUGCCAAAGAUGCUUUCCCCAAUCUUCUCGAGAAACUAUCGGCGACCUCUCCAACAGUCAAACUCGACGUUCUCACAACCCUCAACCAAUGCGUCGACAAAUACUCCACGGCAACGGUGGAAGAAUACUGGAUCACACUGUGGAAUUCGCUCAAAUACGAAAUAUUGCAUAACGAGCUUGCUUCUGUCGAGACAUUGACACAGUUGUUUGAAUAUUACGAGAAUUCAGAAAAUGAGGACGAACGCAUCAUUCCUGCAGUUUUAAAGAUCUUUCAAUCGUUAAGUAGCAAAUUGCAAAAUGUGAACGAUGAUCUCAACAUCAAGGACUAUCUUUAUGUGAUAAUGGACGAGCUGGCUAAGAAUAUCAAGAACCACGGCGACAAUAAAUCAAAGCAGUCCACCGUUAUUUUAGCUGCUCUAUGUGCAGCUAACAUCAAUGUAUACAAUCUGCUUAUUCCUCAGGUAAUGCCCCUUUUACUGAUUUCGGAUGAUUUAACAGUCAAGACCCAAAGACAAAUAUUGACGAACGUCUCUUUCAUGGUUGACAGCUAUUAUAUUCUGUUCAAUGAGAAACAAGAAUCUAUUCACCCAAACAAUCCAAUGUAUGAGUUCAAAGAUGACCUGCUGAUGCUCUUCAACAAAGCUUUAUUGUCUACAUCCAAGGUUGAGGUAUCUCUCAGAUGUUUAGCUGUGAAACUUGUGGCUAAGGUCGUCUCACUGAAUUUCUUCUUAGCCGAUCAGGAGGCUCAGUUAAUCACUCAACUAGUGACAGACGUUCUCCUGGAAGACGACAACAGCGUGACAGAAAAGCAAAUCCUGCAGUGCUUCAAGUCAUUAUCUGUAGGCUAUCCGUCUGCUGUGCUUGAGAUAACUGUUCCAAAGCUGUUUUCUUUUCUUCCGGACGACGACAAGGAUCUGGACCAAUUAAACACCAAGUCUCGUGUGCUCGAUAUUCUCAUUUCCAUUUCGGAGUCCAAGCUUGUUAUAGAUUCUGUUAUGUUACGGUUAGUUGGAAAGAUUGGAACUCUGAUAAAAUCUGCGUCUCAGAGUUACGUUCGAUCAGUAUUUUUGACCCUGUCAAAGAUAGCUGGUAACUUGAAUGCGAAAGAUUCCACGAACGACAAUAUGAAACGACUAGUUCCAAGGCUAUUUCAUGUCGUUCUGGAUGCUGACAAAACCAAUCAUGAUGAAGUCGUUCUCGAGUACACGGGACGCGUUGCUAAGAAGAUAGUGCUGCAAACAGACACCUUUCAGCACGAAGAAAUUUUGAGGGAUGCAAUCGACUUGUUCAUCAACGGCAAACCUACAUCUCUUGUUGUCAAGCAAUUAUCGGAACCGUUGGAUAUCAUUAAAGGGAACCAGCUUCCGUUCAUCAUUUUCACGAAAAUAAUUUCGGCGGUCGAUAAAAGUGUGAAGUUUCCUAUUGAGAGCUCAUCUUUUCUCAAUCUUUUGUUCCAAGCCAACAAGUUGACGGUGCAAUUUUCGAGAUUAUCGGUCCUGCAAUGCAUCUCACUGGUUGUCAAUAAAUGGAUUGACGACUCCGAAUACCUGAUUGCGAUCCUGGAAGAUUUCAAACAAGCCUUGGGCGAUUCCUCCAUCCCUGUCAAGGAACGAUCCAACACUUUGGAGGUACUGAUUUGGAUUGGAAAAGCAUUGAUCAUGAAACAACACGCAUGCGCUCCCCCAUACGAAGAGUACCUUCUAUCCUUAUUUGACAGCGAAGAGCUUCACGUGUUCACCCCUAAAAUUCUCGAGAUACUGGUCGCAGAUGUGGAAUGCUACCAGCAGUUCAAGAAACCUGGUCCUCUCAAUAGGCCGGUUGUUUUUAAUAUGAAUGUGCGCUUGUUGUACAAACAGAAGCUCUUCAAUACAGUGCUGCCAUUGUUGGUCUCUAAAUUUGAGUCCUCAAAAAACCAGACAUAUUUAUUGGCAUUAUCACUCAUGCUCAAAUAUGUCGACAAGUCGAUUAUUGUUCCGCAUGUCGGAACGCUCCUGCCACUUGUUUUGAGGUCGCUGACCACUGAUUCCAAUGUCAUUGUCACUUCUUCGUUAUCUAUCCUGACCAUAGCAGUCAACGAAUCAGACGAGUUGGUUUCUCGUCACUUGUCAACUGUCAUACCAAAUCUGCUGGAAAUUGUCAACACGCACAAGAAUGAAGCGGUGAAACGAAACGCACUGGAAUGCUUGCUUUCACUGACAAAGUAUGAUUUACAUCUAUUAGUUCCCUAUAAACAGGAUAUCAUCAGGCGACUUGCCAAAGUCCUGGAUGACCCUAAGCGAUCCAUUCGCCGGCUGGCCUGCGAUUGUAGACAGGCAUAUUAUGAGCUGGGAAUGCCACGUCAAUGA